AUAAGUAACUGUACAUUCAAUGAUCGGUGGAAAUAGCAGCAACCAAUAUUCAAGAUUGACUGAAAUUAUCGUAUUGAAGGUUGCUUGUGUCUAACUGACAAGAUUAAAAGUAAAAAAACGCUCAGAUUGUUAUGCUGAAACCCUCAAUAAUUCUUACCGAAAAAUAAUCUUUUUGAAAGCAUAAUAUGCACACGACUUCCUUGACUCAACCCGCAUCACCACAGUCACGUCGUUCAAGCUCCGUCUCAACUAUUGGAUUAUAUAAUACUACAGUCAGUAAUACAAUCAAUAAUUUGAAUAAUAACAUUAGUAAUAUCAACAACAACAACCUAUUACAUCAUAAUUCCACUGUGGUGAAUCUUUAUACCCGACAGUACAUACAAAAGAAGAAAUCGCAUCGAUGGCGAUUGGUCAGAACUCCCAUCCCAUUAAAUCCUGUAUAUCGGAAAACAUUAUUUUUAGCUAUUAUUAUGCCAUGUAUUGGUGCCCUAUUGUUUGUUGGGGCUACAUUGACACCGGAAUGGGAGAAUGUACAUUUUAAAUUUAUUAAAAUAUUAGAAAUGUUUUCUAUUUAUCAGAAUUGUUCAAUUAUAACUGCUACUACUACUAACAAUAAUAGUAGUAGUAGUAUAAGUAGCAGUGGUUAUGAAAAAAAUGCAUCACUUUUCCUAAAUCCUCAGAAUGAUUUAAUGAUGUUAGAUGAUUCAAAUUAUUGGACAAGUCAGUCUCAAUAUCAACAGCAGCAACAGCAGCAUCUCCAUCAACAUCCGCAGCAUCCACAUCAGCACAACUACACACUGGAAUUCAUCAUAUUUCGUGAUGGUAAAAUAUUAAAUUGGCGGAAAUUAAAAAAUCACUAUAAGAAUUGUCUUACAGUGACGUAUAAAAUGAAUGAAAUUGUUGGGAUUGUUGUUCAUUCAGAUGUACAUAUUCCUUCAAUGGACACCAGUAGUACUAGCAGUAGUAUGAGUCAUAGUUUCAGUAGUAUUAGUAGUAGUGGUAGUAGCAAUAGUAACACACCGAAGCAUUUAUUACGUGAAACACCAGUCACACCAAGAUUAUUCAAUCGUAAUAAGUAUACAUUUACACGACAAGAAUGGAUUCAGUUAGUGGAACAAGGUGAUUUAUUAGACGGGAAUACUGAUGAGGACAUGAAUCGUAAUUUAUGGUUGAUAAUGAAUUUACAAGCUGGUAUAUGGACAAUGUGUUUCCGUUUAUCAGAUAUCUACAAACCAAAAAUUCUUGCCUAUAGUGCAAAUAUGCAUCCAGAAUCACACAUACCGCUUGAUUGUAUCUCAUAUUUACAAGCUAAUUUAUCAGAAACGAAAAAUUUAUGCAGUCAGUUUCUUUUAAAAAUGCAAAACAACAUUAUUUCAUGCGUUGUGGUAGUCUAUUUAUCAGUUGCAGCUUCUGUAUUGAUCGGGGCGUUUUCAACUUUAUUUCGCGCAGUACCUGCAGCUAUGGUAACAGGUGUAUUGUAUGUUACAUCUGGCGUUUUCAUCAUAUUCGCUAACUGUAUACAUCAUACAAAGUUGAAUCGUCUGGAAUAUGAAUGGGGACCAUGUUAUCCAAUAUCACAAAUACCAAGAACGUUAUACAUUCCAGAGAUAAUCAGUGUUCAUCCACUUUGGCCAGUAUUAGUUAGUUGGAUAUCAUCGUUUGUAUUUUUUGUCGCUUCAAUUAUCUGGAUUAUACUUACACAGUUAAUGACUUUUGAAAAUUCUAAAACGAUGAUUUAAACACUCUGAGGGAUUUUUUUUCUUUUCUUUUUCGAGACAGACAGAGAGAUUUCGGCUUAUUUUGAUGUCUGAAUAAAUAGCGAAUUCAAUUUCGCAUAUACACAUAUAUAUACACGCUGAAGCUGGAGUAUCGUCUGUACCGUAAAAAUUUGAACCAAGCAAUUGCUAGUUAUUUUCAAGGUCAUUUUUGUUUGUUUAAGUGAACGUUGAAAAUUGCGCGGCAAAUUGAUUCAUUACAAAAUAAUCCUUUUCUGUUGAAAUGUGAACUUCUGUUUAUUUGAUUUUUUGGUAAAUACGAAAAUUCGCAUUGUGUGAAAAUUUUCCCUAUUUUGAUUUAGCAGAGGCUGUUUCACUUAAACUUGGAGAUUUUUAUUCAAUCUGUUAAAAUUAUGUUUUUAUGUAC